AUGUCGCAUCUUGUUAUACAACUCCCUCCUCAAAAUCCGCGCCGCCGCCAGCCUCCUCCACUCCUCAGCCGCCACCUCCUACCUCUCCACGCGGGCCCGCAGAGCCCAGAGCAAGCCCAUCUGGGCCCGAAACCUCCCCACGCCCGCUCCAGGGACAAGCUCACCCUCGCCCGAGGCAUCCAGCCUCGUCCCUGCGCCGAUCUGGAUCGCGCGACCUCGCCACCAAGCAUCGCCUGCCGGAGUGCGCCCCUCCUUGAAGCCGACCCCGCCUCCUUCGCCUCACUCCGCCCGCCGCCCGGCCCCUCCGGCGAUCGCCGCUGCCAUGACGCCAGCGCCCGAGGCCUCCCCGCCGCCGUAGCUCCAACAUCGGCCUCCGGCACUGCUCCUCGUCAUCGACCCCUCCUCCCAUCGGAUCUGGCGCCGCCCCCACCAGAUCCGCCUCGCCCGGCGUCUUCCCUGCUGCCUCGUCGACGGUGUCGUCUGCCGCCGCCAGGCCCCUGCCUCGAUCGGGGGAUCGAGACGAAGGGGCGAAGGCGCCCAAAGGCCUCCCGCGCGUGGGUCUCCACGCCGUCCUCGGCCCAUCGCGCCGCCCGGGCCCCGUCCAGCAGGCCCCCCUGCCUCCUGCCUCCUCCUCUCCACAGUUUCGGGCCAAGGCCCAUGUGUACUUCGUCUCGGUAAUCCGGUAAUGUCGCGUUUGUGAGGACCCGUUUCGUC